CUGACUUCAUCUCAUUAUCGAUGUUCUCGAUGCACAAAACCAUCAACGAAACUAUCACGACAGAAGAAAACGGUUCAAGGACGUUGGAUACCAAGAUACAAGGUUGACGGCGAAGAGACUGCCUGCGACUCGAGAAAAGACGAGUUUGCACAAGCAUUCCCACAUCACGCCGCGGUUGCUAGAGUACCGCCGAAUCAUCACAAGCCAGAUCCGAUCGGUCACCCCAGCGUCGUCUGCGUGAAGCUAUCUACGUCGACGACGCGCGUGCAAUACUACCUACGUCGACGACGCGCGCGCGAUACUACCUACGUAGGUAGUAUCCCAACCCUCCCAACCCCUCAUCUCGACGCAAUCGCGCCCUCCUAUCUACGUAGGUAGUAUCCCGACCUCUCAUCCCAACCCCACCAUGGCGCCGAAGAACAAAUCCGCAAAGUCGACGGCCGACGCCUCGGGGUCCUCGAGCGGCGGUGGUUCGAAGCUCAAGCCCGCGACGGCGAUCAAUGUCCGACACAUUCUGUGCGAGAAGCACAGCAGGAAGGAGGAGGCGCUGCGGCAGAUACGGGAAGGGAGGAAGUUCGACGAUGUAGCGAGAGAGUUUAGCGAGGAUAAGGCUAGGCAGGGAGGAUCGCUAGGGUGGAAGACGCGAGGGAGCUUGCUGGCCGAGUUUGAGAAGGUGGCGUUUGAGUUGGAGCCGAGCACGACGGCGAGUCCGAAGGUGGGAGAGUGUAGGACCGGGGAGGGGUAUCAUAUCAUCAUGGUAGAGGGGAGGAGAUAGGAAGAGGAGGAAAGGAAGAGACAGAAGGGAGGGGGAGAGAGGGAGAGGGGAGAUGAGGGAUAUUGAAUAUUGGUGUUUUUGGAAUAUACGUAACUGGCGUCGCGGCCUUGCUCUGCAGUGAACCACAUGCCUGUCCUUUAGCAAUGCCGGUUCGUUGAGGGAGAGCGGAUUAAGCUGAAGAAGGACAGCCUUGCGAGGGUAUCAGUGUUAGCAUGUGAGAGUCAAAUGCAGUGUUUACGU